AACAUGCUGCGGGGCCGGAAUUCGGCCACCUCCGCCGACGAACAGCCCCACAUCGGCAACUACCGUCUGCUGAAAACCAUCGGCAAGGGCAACUUCGCCAAGGUCAAGUUGGCCCGGCACGUCCUGACUGGCAAAGAGGUUGCCGUGAAAAUCAUCGACAAGACGCAGCUCAACUCCUCCAGCCUGCAGAAGCUCUUCCGAGAAGUGCGAAUAAUGAAGGUCCUGAACCACCCCAACAUAGUGAAGCUCUUUGAGGUGAUCGAGACGGAAAAGACGCUUUACCUCGUCAUGGAAUACGCCAGCGGGGGUGAGCAGCAGGCAGAGGGGAGGGGGACAGAGCGGAGCACCCAGACACCCCUAAACCCCCUCGCGGCACUCUCCCUCCUCCCGGGACAGGCAGAAAACCUACUGCUGGACGCCGACAUGAACAUCAAAAUUGCCGAUUUCGGCUUCAGCAACGAAUUCACCUUCGGGAACAAACUGGACACGUUUUGCGGGUCCCCCCCCUACGCUGCCCCCGAACUCUUCCAGGGGAAGAAAUACGAUGGCCCCGAAGUCGACGUUUGGAGUUUGGGCGUCAUCCUCUACACUUUGGUCAGCGGUUCUUUGCCCUUCGAUGGGCAAAAUCUUAAGGAGUUACGGGAACGGGUGCUGCGGGGUAAAUACCGUAUCCCCUUCUACAUGUCCACCGACUGCGAGAACUUACUGAAGAAAUUUCUUAUCCUUAAUCCUACCAAAAGGGGCACUUUGGAGGUGAGGGACUUGGAGGGGGGUGGGGCGGGAGGUGGCGGAACACCCACAGGAGCACCCCGAGGGGAGGGGCUGCCCCGCCCCCCCCCAAAUCCCCCCUCUCCCCCCACGCUGAUCUCGGCCCCUUCUCGUUUCUCGAGGAACCCGCACGAGCCCGAGAGCAAGGACCGGGUGGAGACGCUGAGACCCGCCGUGGGGCCGGAGAAAGAAGGACGCGAAGGGGGUGGACGCGAGGCCAAACCCCGUUCCUUACGCUUCACCUGGAGCAUGAAAACCACCAGUUCCUUAGAACCGGGCGAGAUGUUACGAGAGAUCCGGAAGGUUCUGGAUGCCAACAGCUGUCGGUGCGAACCUCAGGAACGUUUCGUCCUCCUCUGCGCUCACGGCGCUCCCGGUCACGACUCCUUCGUCCAAUGGGAGAUGGAGGUGUGUAAACUCCCUCGGUUGUCCCUCAACGGCGUCCGCUUCAAACGCAUCGCCGGUACCUCCAUGGCCUUCAAGAACAUCGCCUCCAAGGUGGCCAACGAGCUCAAGCUCUGA